GCGGGGCGCGGCGGCAGGAACUUUCCCGGGGACCCCUGCGGGAAGGCUUGGCCUGUAAGCGCGCCUCUUGGGCCCGAAUCAACAUGGAAACCUAAGGAAAAACGUCUGACCUGCGGAAGUAGUUUUGGUGGCUACUUGGUGUUGGACUUGGCUAAAUAAAUACCAGAGGCAGGUAAAACAAGCGAGGGGCGUAGGUCAAGAGUUCCAAGUUUGUUCCUCGAUAAAAAACGACAAACGCGGUCGGGGGCGGUGAUGCCCGUCUGCAGUCCCAACACUUUAGGAAGCUGAGGAGGGGGGAUCGCAGGAGUUCGAGACCAGUCUGGGCAACAUAAUGAGACCAUCCCCACCACCUCCCGUCCUUAAUUUUUUUUAAUAAAAAAAUCUUUAAGUGACAAAUGCAUCUGUAAUGUCCUUAUUAACCAAAAACGCCUAAGGGAUAAAGAAGCAUACACUCCUUAGCCAACGCUAGAGGAACACACCCCGAGAGCUGGUGCUGUCGGACCCAGUUUUCCCGCGAAAACGCUGCCGCGCAGGGGGUCAGACCAUCUGGACCAAGGGGGGCCGAGCGAGGCCUACUUCUGGUUUACGCACGGGCGCUGGAAGAAGCGGCACUGUCCCCCCCUGCCGGUGCGCAGUGGCGCCUCCCGGAGGCGGAGCCACGUACGAGCGCCGCUGUGAUUGGUGAGGCCCCGCCAGGGGCGGAGACGACCUUGCCGCCGGCGGGAACUCUGGGUCUCGCGGUUUGGGAGCGCUACUCGCCAGGUGGACCCGGAGUCCGCGAGCGUUGUCGGCAAGCGGCCGCCUUUCCACGGUACUCCGAGCACUAUGUCGUCCCCGGCGUCGACCCCGAGCCGCCGCGGCAGCCGGCGUGGAAGGGCCACCCCCGCCCAGACGCCUCGAAGUGAGGAUGCCAGGUCAUCUCCCUCUCAGAGACGUAGAGGCGAGGAUUCCACCUCCACGGGGGAGUUGCAGCCGAUGCCAACCUCGCCUGGAGUGGACCUGCAGAGCCCUGCUGCGCAGGACGUGCUGUUUUCCAGCCCUCCCCAAAUGCAUUCUUCAGCUAUCCCUCUUGACUUUGAUGUUAGUUCACCACUGACAUACGGCACUCCCAGCUCUCGGGUAGAGGGAACCCCAAGAAGUGGUGUUAGGGGCACACCUGUGAGACAGAGGCCUGACCUGGGCUCUGCACAGAAGGGCCUGCAAGUGGAUCUGCAGUCUGACGGGGCAGCAGCAGAAGAUAUAGUGGCAAGCGAGCAGUCUCUAGGCCAAAAACUUGUGAUCUGGGGAACAGAUGUAAAUGUGGCAGCAUGCAAAGAAAACUUUCAGAGAUUUCUUCAGCGUUUUAUUGACCCUCUGGCUAAAGAAGAAGAAAAUGUUGGCAUAGAUAUUACUGAACCUCUAUACAUGCAACGACUUGGGGAGAUUAAUGUUAUUGGUGAGCCAUUUUUAAAUGUGAACUGUGAACACAUCAAAUCAUUUGACAAAAAUUUGUACAGACAACUCGUCUCUUACCCACAGGAAGUUAUUCCAACUUUUGACAUGGCUGUCAAUGAAAUCUUCUUUGACCGUUACCCUGACUCAAUCUUAGAACAUCAGAUUCAAGUAAGACCAUUCAACGCAUUGAAGACUAAGAAUAUGAGAAACCUGAAUCCAGAAGACAUUGACCAGCUCAUCACCAUCAGUGGCAUGGUGAUCAGGACAUCCCAGCUGAUUCCCGAGAUGCAGGAGGCCUUCUUCCAGUGCCAAGUGUGUGCCCACACGACCCGGGUGGAGAUGGACCGCGGCCGCAUUGCAGAGCCCAGUGUGUGCGGGCGCUGCCACACCACCCACAGCAUGGCACUCAUCCACAACCGCUCCCUCUUCUCUGACAAGCAGAUGAUCAAGCUUCAGGAGUCUCCGGAAGACAUGCCUGCAGGGCAGACACCACACACAGUUAUCCUGUUUGCUCACAAUGAUCUCGUUGACAAGGUCCAGCCUGGGGACAGAGUGAAUGUUACAGGCAUCUAUCGAGCUGUGCCUAUUCGAGUCAAUCCAAGAGUGAGUAAUGUGAAGUCUGUCUACAAAACCCACAUUGAUGUCAUUCAUUAUCGGAAAACGGAUGCAAAACGUCUGCAUGGCCUUGAUGAAGAAGCAGAACAGAAACUUUUUUCAGAGAAACGUGUGGAAUUGCUUAAGGAACUUUCCAGGAAACCAGACAUUUAUGAGAGGCUUGCUUCAGCCUUGGCUCCAAGCAUUUAUGAACAUGAAGAUAUAAAGAAGGGAAUUUUGCUUCAGCUCUUUGGCGGGACAAGGAAGGAUUUUAGUCACACUGGAAGGGGCAAAUUUCGGGCUGAGAUCAACAUCUUGCUGUGUGGCGACCCUGGUACCAGCAAGUCCCAGCUGCUGCAGUAUGUGUACAACCUCGUCCCCAGGGGCCAGUACACGUCUGGGAAGGGCUCCAGUGCAGUUGGCCUCACUGCGUACGUAAUGAAAGACCCUGAGACAAGGCAGCUGGUCCUGCAGACAGGUGCUCUUGUCCUGAGUGACAACGGCAUCUGCUGUAUCGAUGAGUUCGACAAGAUGAAUGAAAGUACAAGAUCGGUAUUGCAUGAAGUCAUGGAACAGCAGACUCUGUCCAUUGCAAAGGCUGGGAUCAUCUGUCAGCUCAAUGCGCGCACCUCUGUCCUGGCAGCAGCAAAUCCCAUUGAGUCUCAGUGGAAUCCUAAAAAAACAACCAUUGAAAACAUCCAGCUGCCUCAUACUUUAUUAUCAAGGUUUGAUUUGAUCUUCCUCAUGCUGGACCCUCAGGACGAAGCCUAUGACAGGCGUCUGGCUCACCACCUGGUCGCACUGUACUACCAGAGCGAGGAGCAGGCAGAGGAGGAGCUCCUGGACAUGGCGGUGCUAAAGGACUACAUUGCCUACGCACACAGCACCAUCAUGCCGCGGCUAAGUGAGGAAGCCAGCCAGGCUCUCAUCGAGGCUUAUGUAGACAUGAGGAAGAUUGGCAGUAGCCGGGGAAUGGUUUCUGCAUACCCUCGACAGCUAGAGUCAUUAAUCCGCUUAGCAGAAGCCCAUGCUAAAGUAAGAUUGUCUAACAAAGUUGAAGCCAUUGAUGUGGAAGAGGCCAAACGCCUCCAUCGGGAAGCUCUGAAGCAGUCUGCAACUGAUCCCCGGACUGGCAUCGUGGACAUAUCUAUUCUUACUACGGGGAUGAGUGCCACCUCUCGUAAACGGAAAGAAGAAUUAGCUGAAGCAUUGAAAAAGCUUAUUUUAUCUAAGGGCAAAACACCAGCUCUAAAAUACCAGCAACUUUUUGAAGAUAUUCGGGGACAAUCUGACAUAGCAAUUACUAAAGAUAUGUUUGAAGAAGCACUGCGUGCCUUGGCAGAUGAUGAUUUCCUGACAGUGACUGGGAAGACCGUGCGCUUGCUCUGAAGCCUUGUGAGCAAGGAAGGCUCCCUGCAUGUCCUGCUUGCUGCACGCCACAUGGGUGUGGUCUGCGUCUCAGUUGGCCGCCAUCAGUGUAAAUAGAGCUUAAAGUCAUGGUUUGGCUGCAUAAAAAUUUUCUAACUUGGGUUCAAUAUUUGUAGUGAAGUAUCUGUUUUCAUUUUUUUCACGUUAUAAAUAAAAAUACUAUGCUGGCCGGGCGCAGUGGCUCACACCUGUAAUCCCAGCACUUUGGGAGGCCAAUGUGGGUGGAUCAUGAGGUCAGGAGUUCAAGACCAGCCUAGCCAAGAUGGUGAAACCCCGUCUCUACUAAAGAUAACAAAAAAUUAGCUGGGCUUGAUGGCACGCUCCUGUAAUCCCAGCUACUUGGGAGGUUGAGGCAGGAGAAUCGCUUAAACCCAGGCGGCAGAGGUUGCAGUGAGCCAAGAUCGCGCCACUGCACUCCAGCCUCAGCAAUAGAGUGAGACUGUCUAAAAAAAAAAAAAAAAAAACCUGCCAAUUUUCAAACAUACCAUAGAGAUUAUUUUCAGGUGCCAUUUUAUAGUAUAGCAGUAGGGCUUUUACUCUGUGUAUGCACAGAUGCAGUCUGGGGCAUGGUUUGUGUGCUGGACUUUCUCAUGGCCAUCAUCAGUAUGCUUAUGGAUUUGAUGAAAGGCAUAGCCUGGGCAUAUCACCUCAUUGGUAAAGGGCUAGAGCCUUUCUUUUUUAUGGCACUUUUUUUUUUUGAGAUAGGGUCUUACUCUCCCACCCUGGCUAGAGUACACUGGUACAAUCACGGCUCAAUGUAGGCUUAACCUCCUGGGCUCAGGUGUAUGUCACUAUGCCCGGCUACUUUUUGUAUUUUUUGGUAGAGACAGCUUCGCCACGUUGCCCAGGCUGCAAGCGAUAUGCCUAGGCUCAAGCAAUCUGCCCACCUCAACUUCCGGAAGUGCUGAGAUUACAGGUGUGAGCCACUGCACCCAGCCUUUGUUUUAUUUUUUAUUUUUUGAGAGGUAUGAUUCUUUCUAGAGAUUUUUUCUCAUGGCUACUAUUAGAUCAGGAAUGGGUGAUUGGAGAUUAUUAGAUUCUAGGUUAACUUCUACCACUUUACUCUAAUACAUAAAACUUUUUCCUAAAUAAAUGAUGGAAGAAAUAA